UUUAUGAUAUAAUUUGUUGGUCCGUCACUCCGUCUUUAUGCAUUAUUUAUUUAUUAUAACUCUUCGAGUUGUGCAGUUGUAUGUUUUAAUUUUUUUAGACAAUUAGGUACAAGAAGCCAAGAUUAUCACUGAAUAAUAAAGUAAACUUAGUUAACAGUCUUCUGUAUUAUAUUAUUAAAUGUGAAUGACUGAGCAAGUAAAUUUUUAAUGUUAUGGAUAGUUUCCCUCCAGCCAACUGUCGUUUGCAAAUACUAAUUGACGACCAGUGGCGUCAAGAAAACUUGUCAUUUGACGAAAUAGUGGUUCCCAUUAAAGAACUACCCGAUCCUGAGGCAGACGCCACCGAUGCUCAUUUGACACUUACCCAACAGGACACAAAGUGGACAGACUUGGCUCUUACAAACAUACUUAGUGAUAAUCCAUUGCCUCCACCACCCCGAGUUUGACACAUUUAUCAUGGAGUUUCCAGAUUUUGGUAAACAAUGCGCCAACAAGGACUGUAAACAAUUGGAUUUUUUGCCAGUUAAAUGCGAUAAAUGUCAUGCCCUGUUUUGUAAAGACCAUUCAACAUUUGAUAGUCAUCUAUGUGUUCCAAUUGAAUGUACUAAUGAUUUGGGGCCAAAGCUGGAAACGACUUGGUUCAAAUGCACAUUUGAUAGUUGUAUAUCAAAAAAUCCCUGUGAAAUGCUAUGCCCAAAAUGUGAUAAACAUUACUGUCUGGCGCAUAGACAUCAUGGUUGUCUAGAUGAACUCCCUGGAAAAGAGGCUAGGAAAGUUUUAAGAGAAGCGGCUAAAAAAUCAAAAGAACUAUUUACAAUAGCUAAAGAAGAAGCUGAUAAGAAAAUUGAAGCGAGUUUAAGGCAAGCUGAAUUACAACCAGAAAAGAGACGUAUGGCCCAACAAAUUCGUUUAAUGAAACUUAAAGGGAAAGCAUUGGGUGAUAAUAAAAUACCAGUCAUUGACCGAGUUUAUUUUACUAUUCAUCCACCCAUUAAAGAUAAUAAAGUUACUUCAGCUGUGCCUUUAUUCACCAGUAAAACUUGGACAGUUGGCAGAAGUAUAGAUUUAUUUGCGGUUCGUUUAAAAAUUGAAAAUCGAAAUGAUAAAACUAAUACUCCUAAACUGCGUUUAUUCAAACUAGAAGAUGGUGAACACUUAUCAGAUCAAAUGGACCGUGUAAUUGGUCGCAUGGUUACUGAUGGCUUAAUAUUUAAUGGAGAUUCAUUAAUUCUUCAUUAUGUUGAUGCUACAAGAAAUCCUGUCGAAAUAGAACCAGACAAAUUAAUGGAAUAUAAACUAUCAAGUGUUUAAAUACUAAAUAUAAAUAAAGAAAAAAUAACUAUGUUAUUGUAUUCAGUAUAUUAAUAUAAAAUUUGUAUAUUUCAAUAGUACACAAUUAACUUUUUGUUCAACUAAAUUUUUCCAAUGUUUUUGUAACCUAUAAUUUGAAUGACUGUAUUUAUAUUAUAGAAAAUCAUUGUGUUAUUAAUAUAGGAUAUUUUCAAAACAA